UCCUUAAUGAAUAACUUAGGACGAGUAGGAGGCAAAUGCUGCCCCAGCUGUUUCCUGUUGAAAAUGUCUGUGUAAUGUAGAUAAAUGUGAGGGAUUUUCUCUCUAAAUCCGUCUCCUGUUCGCUAAAUCUCACUUCUCCAAAACGAGCCUGCGCAAUGGAACAAAGUCGGAAUAUUGAGAUGUGACAUUGCCCGCAUCUCAUCCUCUUUCUCCCCGUUUUUUAAUGACUUCAAACAAGUUCAUUUUCGCCGGGCUUUGACUUGCCGAGACCCGUGGGGAUGUCUAGCGCUCUUUCCUUUCAGUGGCAUUUAUGUGAUGUCUUCAAGAGUGCGAUGUGCUGUAUCUCCUGUAGCCACACCCUCUCACUACUGCUGUGUGUCCUCACCCUGACUCCGACGGCAACAGGGGCGGGACCGGAGACCCUGUGCGGGGCGGAGCUGGUCGACACGCUGCAGUUUGUGUGUGGAGAGAGAGGCUUUUAUUUCAGUAAACCAGGUUAUGGCCCCAAUGCACGGCGGUCACGCGGCAUUGUGGACGAGUGCUGCUUCCAAAGCUGUGAGCUGCGGCGCCUGGAGAUGUACUGUGCACCUGCCAAGGCUAGCAAGGCAGCUCGCUCUGUGCGUGCACAGCGCCACACAGACAUGCCGAGAGCGCCUAAGGUUAGUACCGCAGGGCACAAGGUGGACAAGGGCACAGAGCGUAGGACAGCACAGCAGCCAGACAAGACAAAAAACAAGAAGAGACCUUCACCGGGACAUAGUCACUCAUCCUUUAAGGAAGUGCAUCAGAAAAACUCAAGUCGAGGCAACACGGGCGGCCGAAAUUACAGAAUGUAGGGACGGAGCGAAUGGACACAUGCCCAGUGACUUGGGGAGAGAGAAGGGAGUGGCCUUACCCGGUACCCCUGUGGAAUGGUUCACUGUAAAACAAAACAAAGAGGAUGCUAACGAUGGUUCGAAAAGCUCUUCACAAUGAUUUAAACCUGAGAGCUGAGGGGUUGUUGAAGGGUUUGAUGAGGGAUCUUGUGAUUAUUUUAUACACUGCACCAUUCCAUAUCGGGAGGAAUUCUUUGUUAAUGCAAUGUAACAGACUAGUUUAGCUGCUGAGACACGAACAAGAGCUUAUUAUACCUCCAUGUGUGAGCUGCGCUGCCCCUGGCUCCAGGAAAGGUCCUGGGCGUUAGGCCGUGUUCAACAAUGAGUGGUCCAUCCUGUCGCUUGAACUUUGUGGAGGUAAAUCCGUUUACUCUGAGAGGUGAUUCAUUCACUCCUCUGAUAAGACAGGAUAUUAUAUCACCGGCCAUAUUUAACAGUUGCUACCCCAAAAUUAUAAAAAAUCUGAUUCUCUUAUCUUCAGGUUUGCUUCAUGCACCAUGCAUUACCACGGAUUUUUCAAAAAGAGUAAAACAAGGUUUGUUUUCCAGGAAAAAGACCCGGGGGCUCAUUAUCAGAAGGUUUGAGUCUGAUCCAAAUCCUUCCUAAGCCCAAAGAAGUGUUGAGAACCUAUCUAAACAAAUCAAGCCCCAUUAGAUUGGAUUUUGAGAAAGGUGGGAAGUAUUGUAGGUACUAGAAAAAUAUGAUGAUUAACCACAAACAAAAUUAACCAAAUGUUUCUUUCGGCAAGUACAUGGUGCUUGUUUGGUUGUCAGAAAUGGGUCAUUGGGCGGAUUCAAAGUGCAUUUGGCAUAAAUGAGAGGAAUAAGUCAAAUAGCAAAAUGUCACCAUGUCCAAUUCAGUUACACAAUGAUCAACAUUUGAGUCUGAGGCCUGAGUUCAAGGUUAAGCACAAGUCAUGAAGGUUCCGUCAACAAGCACUCUUCUAAUUCUCGUGAAGAACUCGCACAGUGUUCCCGGGAUCUGUCAAUAACGAAGUUUAAAGCAGAAGACAGGGAGGCUGUAACAAUAUUCAAUUGAAACAGAGGAUUUUAAUGAUUGAUGGAUCUUGGCCUGUGAUGUUUUGUUAGUUGGGGGAGGCUGUGAACUUUCGCUGCUUCAGUUGUCGCUUGGACUGCGUUAUCUGCCACGACGGGGAGAGUACAAAAAAAAACUCUUCCGUUGCAAAGUCCACCAGAAAAAUCCGCAGAAUAAAAGGUUUGGUAAAUAUUGCAAACCGAAACAAGUCCUCCUGGAGAUGUGAGAUACGGCACACAUACACAAACACAUACAACGCACCAAGAAUAAAUGAGAGUUGUGUAACUGUGAGCAAGGGUCAAGUACACACAGACACACAGACACACACACACACACACACACACACACACACACACACACACACAAAUGAAAAAAGCCAGUUCUGAGAAGUCCUUGCACGAGGAUCGACAGUCACGGCUGUUUGUUCAAGCCUCCGAUGCGAAUUUCCUUUUAUCGCACGAACCGCGCAAGACAUCCCAUCUCUGGCUCCGCCUCCUCUGCCUGUGUAUAAUCAAACAGUACUCCCAUUUAUGUUAACCUAUGCAUCGCUAUCAUUCAUUGUACAUGAUGGUUUCAUAUAAAAAAACUGUAUUAAGAAUCCUAUCCACUGUAUAAUGGUGCUAUUUUGUAGUUUGUUACUUGCAAGAGAUGGCUAAGACAGACAGGUGGCAGGGCGUACAUCGGAGGUCUUCCCUUUUGCACAGCCUUGUGGCCACCAUUUUAAUAGUGUUUUUAUUUGUAAGCUGUUUCAAAUAAGGUAGUAGUGUAAGCGAGUAAAUGUAUCUGUGUGAAAUCUGUGAAUGCAUGGAGAAUUAAAAGAUAAGAAAAUACCAUGGUGUGGUCCCAAGAAGGCAAAAAAUGCUAUUUUUUCUACUGUUUUUAAAUUAUUUUCUCAACAUAGAUCCCUUAUGCCAAAUAACUUGACAAAAGUACUGUGAACUGUGAUUCUUCCAAUUGUAUUGAGAUUGUCAAAAGUCAUGGUGUGCUUUUGUCUGUCACUGGAAGCCAUUGUAUUCACGAUUAAAAUCACUUAAAGCGAGACUACAUAACUUUUGCUGGACAGCGGCCACUCUGGCCACAAGUGGUAAUUACAGGACCAUCAAUUACGCAUUGGCUUUGCCUCUGUUUCCCCGAGAUAGUCGUUACUCCGAUGCUUUAAAAAGACAUCAUCACGGUUAUCGCUAAAAUGCUAACAUUUAGAGUAGCAGCCACACAAGUACUGAACAGCAAAUGUAAAUGUUGUCUAGCAUAAAGGAGUAGUUUGAAAUUUAAAAAUAACUUGUUUUCUUGAUGAAGGCUCGUUGAUGCUGCCUUAACGUACGAAAAGAGCCCCUUCAUGUGUCGUUUACGUUGGCAUGGAUGUUCAGAAAUAGAUCCGCUAGAGGGCAGCACAGAGUUGAGAGUGUCCGACAACCUAUUAACCUCUAGCUCUAUUAGACUAUUGGCAACACUGCCCCCUGGUGUUACGCGCACAAAUACAGACGAAAUGAACGCAGAGUUCAAACGGCUCUUUCUACGACACUGAGCCUUUAGAUGAGAAGAUGGAUACGACUCUCGUGUCCUUCCAUUAAAUAUAAGGCUGCAGUCAGAAGCCUUAUAUUUUAAACAUUAUAAACAAUAUCAAAUUACCUGUUAGGUUGGUUUUCUUAAACUUCAGACAGAGCAAGCUGUUUCCAGUCGUUAUGCUGAGCUAACUGGGUGUAGCUUUAUAUUCAGCUUACAGGUAUAUGAGCACUGUAGCUACAGCUAACGUUAGCCUGCAAAAUAAGGUAGCAAUGAAAUCCCAAAGUAUUAAAUUGAGCUGAGUCGUAUUUUAUUGCUCAUUAAUUCAACUUAAUUCCUUUUUUUGGAAAAAAUUCUGUUUCAAAAGUUACAUAGUCAUCGCUUUAAGGGUAAAUCCAGGACUUAAAUUCAUAUUGUGCAAACCAUUUGUCCGCAGCUCUCUGAAUCAAAACUUAUUUUAAACGUGUGUGUUUAUCUAUAAUGAUGAAGGUUUUUAAAAAUGGAGAAUUUGCAUAUAUACGCUUUGGUGUCUAAGUCAAUUCUCGGACUCGGUUUGACCUGGCGACUGAAAUGAAGAAGACGCUGGUUGGAAGACAUCCCUGUUCCUCUUAGAUCUUUAGAUUUACAGUACAAACCAAAGACUUUUUGAUGGAAAACGAACUUCACUCAGCAUUAUUAAGUCAUGAACUAAACCUAGAUCAUUAAAUAGCAAUUAUAGCCACCCCUGUCUGAACUGCACUGCAGCUACGAUAUGCCCUUCACACACUGUCUCUGGCACCUGACAUACAGCUCAUGUAGUAGAUAGUAAAAUGAGCCUGUCCCACGGUGUAGCUGGGAUCUUCGCAGCAGCGAUGAAGAAAAGCUACGGCAACCAACUCCGAAUCAUCUAUGAAACAUUUCUGUUCUGUCACUUGUGUGAAAUGAUCAAUAAAGCCCUAAAAUGUGGGAGCGUGUGAGAAAUACACAUCUCUGUGGACGGAGGAGGGGGGUUAAAACAAGAAAAAAAACGUAAUUUCCUGAAGCUCACUGUCCAAGAAACUGUUUGAUCACAGCGCUGUUAUUCAUGGUGCUUGAUUGCCUUCUGUAGAAAAAAAAAUACUGACAAAUUGUUCACCAUUCCUGCUGAAUAAACCACUUGUCAACAUCA